AUGGCACCCGUCGGCCGAGCCCAGCUUCCAGAUGAGCUCGUCGACCACAUCCUCUAUCUGGCGUGCACCUUGCCACCACUCCGCACUGAAGACUUCCGCGAGCCAUCCGCUUUCGACGCCAACAGACUCAAGGCUCGCUCCUCGGCUCCCCAUCUCGACGUACGCACCACUAUCAAGCUCCUCCUACUCUCUCCGCAGCAUUACCCUUACAUCGCCUCCAUCCUCUACAAGGGCCCACGUCUCUCGGACCCAAUCAGCCUUUCGCUCUUUGCACGCACGCUCACCAACCGUCCCGCGCUCGGUCGUCUCGUCAAGCAUCUUUGGGUCGGUCACACCUACCAGGGAGAGGGCAUCCCACCCAAUGCUCUCACCUUCGGCCUAGGUGGCUGCCAAACCGCAUACAACCUCAACGCUGAUCUCGCCUCGAUCGACGACGUGCGCAAGUCUCUCGCUCAAGGCAUCGCCCCCAAUAACCUCCUCUCUCCCGCAUUCGAGAAAAGGAUCGCUCAAUGGGCUGCUCAAAAUGUCCAGGCAAACAUUCGCACCAUCGACCCAAUCCGCGCGCCUCGAGGUAUCCACAUCGACUCUCCCGGCUCCGGUGACCGCGACCACCGCGGCUGGAACUCGAUCGGCGUCGACGAGUGGGUUCUCCGUCUUUGGGACGGCCGAGACCUUGUCAAGCAGUUCAGAGAAGUCGCCAAACGUGCAUUUUUCCUCGAACUCAAGCGUCUCUCGUUUGCAGCUAGGUCCGGCAGAUCCUCUUCUGCAUCAUCCUCCAUACGCUCCGCCUCUCCAUCCACAGCUGUUUCCGGCCUGCCUGCGUCAAGCCUCCUGAACACCGACAUGGUCACACCCUUUUCCCCUCAAGGCGCCGAGCAGAGAAUCCCUGGCACCGAGCUCGAUCCCCUGGAUUGGGACGAUGCAACACAACCGCCCCAGCCCAACUCUGCACGCGUCACCGACAACGACGAGCCCAUCUACUCGGAAGAGCUCGACCUUGACGAGAUCGAUGCCGAGCGCGACCGUUGCUUUGCAGAGAUGGGCGUCCAGAAGCCUGCAUGGCGUUCGCAAAACUGGUCCGAGAUUGCAAAGGUUGGCGACCAGAAAGUCGAGUGGUGGGUUGUCUGGCUCCUUGCAAAGACCAGAGCUCGUGCCCGUAUCGUAGCCCGUCGCAUCUGGCGCGCCGACUACGCCAACGAUCCCAAACUGCGCAACUGGCGAGCACUUCGUCCGCGCCCCGAGCUCCAUACCAAGAAUCACUUUACGCACCCCACACUCUUUGCUCGCUCUGGCGCCAGUCACCUGCUCGUCGGUGGCGCACCUCCUCUGAAUAGAGACGAAGCCUACGGCGCGCGACACGGCGAUAUCGACGGCAUGUCAGAUUCGGACAGCGACACAGCAUCCGAGGCCGAGUCGUACAGCGAUGGAAGCGACUAUGAUUCCGAAAUGGAAGCCUCCACAACACGCAUGGACAUUUCCGUCGUUCGAGAAACUGCUCAUCCGCACGCAGAACCCUCCAGCAGCAGUCGCGCUGCCCCCGUAGGCUCCUCGACCUUUACGCUCCCCGAGUUUCUGGAACCCGAGCAGCAAAGACCAGAGGACCCUGCCGACAUGUGGGGUGGCGACUACAACUUUGCCAAUGGCAACGAGAGGGCCGGAGCAGGCAACAGCAUUUUGGGCUCUCGCGGCGGCAUGUUUGGCUUCGACUCGGCACUCCGCACUGGACUACUCGACGAACCCGACGUUGGACUCGAUGACGGUACUGAGUUUGCCACUCUGCAAAAGGAAAAGCAGCGCAGACGUAACGAGGAGGAUCGCCUGCUCUCCGAGAUGACACUCGGCUCAAUCCUGCAGAGCCUGCGAACUGUCAUGAUGCUCACGCCCAGACUCCGGGACUUGGCGAUGGAUGGUGUCCUGGAGCGCAGCAUCUGUGGUCGUCGAGCCAUGUGCAAUAUGGGUAAACUCAAGACUCUCUCUCUCGGUCCUCCUCCUCCUUACUGGAGCUCUCCGUUGCUUUUUGGCCACCCCAUGAAGACGACGCGCCGCGAGAGGCUCAGCUACCAUCAAAGGGUGCACGGUCCCUCGAGUCCCGAUUUUGGGCCGGACGAGGCUCGGCUUCAAAGCGUGUGGCCGAUUCCAGGCGUGCUCGUUCCCUCGCCAGUGUUUUCGACGUUGCGCACCCUUCACAUUGCGGGAUGCAUGCUUUUCCCCUCGGAAGCCAAGGCAGUGGGUGGUUCGGGAGGUCAGCUGCCCAACUUGCGUCAUUUCAGAUGGUCGCUCUGGCAGCCACAUGUCGAGGGUCACCCUGCCGGCGUGGUCGAUACUCUCUGCUACAUCCUCGACAUUCCGACGCCCGAAGAGGAGGCUGCAUCGGCAGCAGCCACGGCGAGAGCGACAGCCAUCGAAGGAUCCAGCUCCAGCUUCCGUUUCGGUACAUCGACGUCCAGCUCUGGCACGUACCGAGAGGUCGGCGACCGCAAAAGGCGUCGACGAUACGGAGACUCACGCCGUCGCUCGAACCCUUUCAGCGCCAGUGGUUCUGCCAUGACCGAGUCAGUGCUUUCUACAUCGCUGGGCAGCAGCAGCAUCACCGCAGCUGGCGCAUCGCACGAGGCCAGCAUGUUUGCGCUCAUGACGCGCAAGCGCAAGCUUCGCUCGGUCUAUGCGACGUUGCAUCCCACCGACCAGGCCAUCUUUGCGCGCAAAGCACCUGCUUCACUGCGAUACGACACGCGACUCACCAUCGAGACGCCCAAAUGCACCAACGUCGAGGACAACCUGGAAGAGAUGCAGCGGUGGUGGGAAUGGUCGAGCGGAAUGCUGCAUUUCAAACCUACAGUGUCGAACCUCGAGGCUAUAGCACAGGCGGCUAAGAGGAAGCAGACCGCGGGCCCGCCUAGCUCGUUGUCGGCGCAAGAGCUCAAUGCGGAUCAUAGUGGGAUUCAGAUGGACUUGCGGCGUGCUAUGGAUACCGAGCUCGAGCUCGAGCCUCGUUCGUGA